AUGCCCGGACGAAGCGGUUUCCAAGAAUUGCCCAUUGAGCCCCACGGCAUCAUCUGGCAAGAUGAUUUUAUCACUCCGGAGCAUGAGCAACGGCUCAUCUCCAUAUUUGAGAACGACCUAGAGUGGGCCGAUCGUCCAGGUCGUUUGUCGCUUCACUACGGGUAUACCUUUGACUACAAAACCUUUGGGAUAGACCCGGACAUUCCCUAUAGGGAGUUUCCAGAUUGGCUCCAACCUCUGAUCCCAACGACUGAAUCUCGACCUCCAGACCAAGUCUGCUUGCAAUUCUAUCCUCCUGGGGCGGGUAUUCCUCCUCAUGUAGACGCUCAUGGUCCCUAUGACCAGCUAUAUGCCUUGUCCAUUGGGGGACCCGCUGUGAUGCAGUUCCGGAAGGGGGACACGCGGGUAGAUGUUGACCUCACUCCCCGGAGCAUGAUGCAGAUGACGGGAGACUCACGGCUUCAUUGGACCCAUGGGAUCAAAAAACGAAAGAAUGAUCCUCUGCCGAACGGAACCCAGCGACCGCGCACUAAUCGCUGGAGCCUCACGUAUCGAUGGCUUCGAGAAGGAGGUGAAUGUGAGUGUGGAAACGUGGUGCAUUGCGACACUGCUCAGCGCCGACUGGGGGUGGAAAAAGAGAAGAGAUCUGUGCAGGCCCUGGCAGCUCAGAAAGGGGCUUAA